UUCGCAAUCCGUAUACUAAGCCUAUGAGAUCUUUAUUUCACAGUACCGCUCAUAGACUUAAUAAACAUUUAAUAAAGGAAAUUAAGCAGAAUCAAAAUUCACUAGAAAUAAAUUGGUCUUCAGAUAAUAAAGCAAUAUCAAACUUUAACUAUAUUUGGUUACGAGAUAAUUGUCAAUGUUCACAAUGUAUACAUCCCGAUAAUCGACAAAAACUUUUUUUAAGUUCUCAAGUUGCUUUAGAUAUUAAACCUAUUAAGGUUCGUAUUUCUGAAGAACUGGAUGAACUUGAAAUUACUUGGCCUUCUUCAACUUCGGAAGUGAAAUCAUCUGAUUCAUCUGAUAACUCAUUUCAUAAAGGUAGAUACCCGUUCACAUUCUUAAAAUCUUAUAUAUCCAAAACUACUGCAAGCCAACUUCGAUUUUCAGAUCAAAAACAUAUAACAUGGGAUCGUGAUUCAAUAAAGUCAUCAAAAAAUCUUUGGGUAUCAUACGAAGAAUAUAUGAGUUCUGAUGAAAGAAUUUUUGAUUCAGUGGAGCAAUUGUGGAAUUAUGGAUUGAUAUUUUUGAAAAAUGUUCCGAUUGAGAAAGAUAAAAUAACAAAGGUUGAUCUAAUUAGAAAAGUUGUGGAAAGAAUUGGGACAUUGAAAGCUACUUUUUAUGGUGAACUUUUUGAUGUAAAGUCUGUUCCUGGUGCUAAAAACAUUGCAUAUACUAGCUUGGGCUUGGGAUUACAUAUGGAUCUACUGCAAGGUUGCGCCUCAACUAAUAAAUCAAAUGUAUGCUGCUUUAGUCCGUUUGAACCAAGUUCAGGUUCAAGUGAACCCGAAGUGGUCAAUUUGAGCCAAAUUUUGGCUCUCAAGUUGAAUCAUAGAAUACCGAGAGCCUGCUUGGGAGGUGGAUCAAAAAACUAUAUUCAUUUUUCAUUCCCAAUAGACACAUCUAAAUUACAAUGUCUUUUCGGUAAAUUUAUCAAGAUUGUUGGUUACUCUAUACUGGAUCUGAGAAAUACAUUGGAACUUCCCGGAAAAGAAAAGGGUGCUCUCCUAGAGUAA